CUGCGCCCUUCUUUCUGCCUAUAAUAGGAAACCCUUGCAAAGACUCAACAGCGGCCUCUCCUCUCUUCUUCCUCCUCUCCUACCAUGGCAAAUCCCUACACUAAGUUCUUUAAACUCUACAACCACUGCCCUUUCCUUUCCGAUCCAUCUUCCACACCGACUGCCACUCAAUCCUACAGCUUCAGCCCACACUGUUACUCCAACUCAUUCCCUAGGCAGCUCCCAUCGUCUCCUCUUAAGGAAGCUCUCCCUCUCCUCAGCCUCUGCGCCACGAGGCACCAAGAGGAGGAGGAGGAAGAGGAGGAGGAGGGCACCUCGUGCGAUGCCUCCAUUGGAGGGGGGAAGAAGAAAGCUGUGCGUGUCGAUGAUGAAGCUGCAGAUGAAGUGGACGCUGUGACUGUGGCUCUUCACAUAGGCCUGCCGAGCCCUGGUGCAGUUGAUCUGACACCGUCAAGGUUCGCCUCCACCUCGGAAGAUAACAGAGAAAAGGAAGCAGAAGAAGUUGACGAUGUCGUUACCUUAGGCUACGCUUCCGGUAAUCAUCCCCUGGGGAGGCUCAACAAAGGCCAGUACUGGAUUCCCACACCUUCCCAGAUCCUAAUUGGACCGACCCAGUUCUCUUGCCCCGUCUGCUACAAGACUUUUAAUAGAUACAACAACAUGCAGAUGCACAUGUGGGGGCAUGGAUCGCAGUAUAGGAAGGGACCAGAGUCGCUACGAGGCAUCCAACCGACGGCAAUGCUGAGGCUCCCAUGCUACUGCUGCGCGCCUGGUUGCAGGAACAACAUAGACCAUCCAAGAUCAAAGCCAUUGAAGGACUUCAGGACCCUCCAAGCUCACUACAAAAGGAAGCAUGGCAUCAAACCCUUCAUGUGCCGGAAGUGCGGCAAGGCCUUCGCGGUGAAAGGCGACUGGAGAACCCAUGAGAAGAACUGUGGUAAACUAUGGUACUGCAUCUGUGGCUCCGACUUCAAGCACAAGAGAUCGCUGAAGGACCACAUCAAAUCCUUUGGACAAGGGCAUGCUGCUUAUGGCAUCAACUGGUUCGAGAAUGAAGACGAUCCAUCAUCAGAGAUCGAACAUGAUUGCCAUCAACCAAAAGAGCUAGAGAAGUUGACAUGUUAAUGAAGCUCGCUCGUGAUGCUUUUUCAUAUCUUCUUUACUUGGUUCGUGAUGUCCUAAUACUUGAUAUGGUAAUGAAGUCGAUAAGAGUCUCGAGUUGCUACAAUUUGAGGUACCUAUGAACUAUCUCAUUUCUUUUC